GUUGUCCUCUUCGCCGCCGCCCGAUCCCUUCAUUCUAGAAAGGAUAGCCCCAGUCGAGCUGAUCGGUGGUUUGACAUCGUGAGGUAGAUAAGACAUGCCCGCCGAUGACAGCGGUGGCGACGCUGGGAAGAAGCUGUGUUGCAUCUCCCACGUCUUCUUCGAAGCUGCCUCCAAGAACUCUGCCCGCACUGCCGUUGUCCACGCCACCGGCGGCAUCCAACAGCGAGGGGAGGCCGGCGAGGGUUCAGCCGCUCACGCCGUGGAGGAGGGUUCGUCCCCUCCGAUCUACCCCGGCGACGUGUGCUUUACCUGGGGUGACGUCUUAUCGGCGGUUGAAUCCUUGAGCCAUCGCAUCCGCUUGGUUCUCGAUGGAGGAGACGAUCCUGAUCUCGUUCGGCCUCAAGGGUAUUGUGGCUCAAAGCAGAUUGCCAUGGCAGAGGAUCCACUGACACUGGAUUUCCGAAUGCCACAAAUUGUGGGCAUUUGUAUUCCCCCUUCUGUGGAAUAUAUAGUUGCAGUCCUUGCAAUUCUUAGGUGUGGGGAGGCUUUCUUGCCAUUAGACCCUUCAUGGUCAGAAGAAAGGAUACUCUCAGUUAUUUCUUCUUCAAAAACUGGCCUUAUAAUCAAGUGUGCAUCAUUUUAUAGAACUCAGCAACUUGAGGCAAUUGAUUGGAUUGUGGAAAGGAGUAGUUGUUCAGUUUUGUAUGCAGAUAUGAAAAUGGAUUCUGAGAGGGAGCUUUGUUGGCCUGAUCUUAUUUGGCCUUGUGAGAGCAGAAGCCCGAGAAGAUUCUCUUAUUUGAUGUACACAUCUGGUUCAACUGGAAAAUCAAAAGGUGUCUGUGGUACAGAAGAAGGCCUUCUGAACCGAUUUCAGUGGAUGCAAGGAUUGAUUCCUCUAUGCAGCAAGGACAUAUUGUUGUUCAAGACAUCUACUAGCUUUAUUGACCAUCUACAGGAGUUUCUUGGGGCUAUUUUAACUUGCACAUUGCUCGUCAUUCCUCCAUUUAAUGAGUUUAAAGCUAAUCCAAUCUGUUUAGUCAAUCUUCUUAAGGCAUACUGUAUUUCAAGAUUGACAUGUGUCCCUUCUUUGAUGAGGCUGGUUCUUCCUAAAUUGAAGCAUUCUUAUAUCCGAGGUUGUAAUCCUCUGGAAGUAUUGAUCCUUAGUGGGGAGGUCUUAUCUAUAUCAUUGUGUCGAAGUCUGCUUGAAACUUUGCCAGAGACAACAAUUCUCAAUCUCUAUGGAAGUACAGAGGUAUCAGGUGACUGCACAUAUUUUGAUUGCAAAAAUUUAGCAAGUGUUUUGGAAACUGAAUCACUAAGCAGUGUGCCUAUUGGAAUUGCUAUCUCAAAUUGUGAUAUCAUUCUUGGUGAAUUCGACAACCCUGAUGAGGGCGAAAUCUUUGUUUCUGGGUCAUGCUUGUUUGCAGGAUACCUUGAUGAACACUUAAAUGACAAUCCUAAGGGUAACAGUAGUGGGUUACAAUUCAGGACUGGUGACUUUGCAAAACGUCUACAAAGUGGAGAUCUUGUAUUUCUAGGAAGAAAUGACCGCACUGUAAAAAUCAAUGGGCAACGGGUUGCUAUGGAGGAGAUUGAGAGUAUGCUAAAGGAACAUCCUGAAGUAAGUGAUGCUGCUGUAACUUUUCAUGGAACAGAUGGAGUAUCAACCCACCUAGAGGCAUACUUUGUAAUGAAAACUUCCGAGGAUCUUCAGAAAGAAAAUAAACACUCUUCAGAUGAGCAGCAUUUGAUUGAAAACCUGAUCACAUCUAUCCGUAGUUGGUUGGUCAAGAAACUUCCACCAGUAAUGAUCCCAAGUUAUUAUUUCUGUAUGAGAUCAUUGCCGACCUUGGCCUCUGGGAAAAUUGAUUAUCUCAAGCUUUCAAGUUCAGUAUGUAUGCCAAAGCAGCGUAGAAGUCAUUUUGAAAUGAAUCAGACUUCUGAUAGUCUGUUGCAAAUUAUUAAAGAAGUAUUUUGUGAUGCAUUAUUGGUUCAAGAAGUUUCAGACUAUGAUGACUUCUUCUUGAUGGGUGGUAACUCCAUUUCUGCUGCCCAAGCUGCACAUAAGUUGGGGAUUGAUAUGAGAUUAAUUUAUAUGUUUCCUACUCCACUUAAGCUUCUAAAUGGUCUAAUAGAGAGGAAAGAAUUGCAUGAGAAUUUUAUUGGACCUGAUAAUGGGAUCAGGAAAAGAUCAAAAGUUUAUGGUAAUGUGCCUGGUGCUCUUGAUUUAUCAACUGGAGAAGUGCAAAGAAGUUUUCCACCUGAAAGAUCAUCACAACCAUAUGUUGGUGUCCAGGUCCAUGAUCUCUCCAUAGAACAUAAUGUACAACAAUCGAUUAGUAACUCUGAGAAUAUUUACUUUAAGCAAGAAGUUUCUUUUCUACCUCCAGAUUCACUUGGUGCAACUUCGAGUGAUCAUGGCCUGUGGCCUUCAAAAAGUAAUAGGCAUAAGAUGUCUGCGUUCGGUCGUUGUAAUAAAAUUAUGGAUGAACUUGAAUGUGACUUGGAUAACACAAAUAGAUUAUGGUUGUCAAUUAAGACUCCAAGGAGUAGAAAAGGGUCUUUGGAAGAGCUCUGGAAAAUCUUGCUCGAGUCAUGUGUUGAUGCUUCACCUUUGAUUGUGUUAAUGGAUGACAACUUACACCUUCUCAUUGGAUCUCACUCGCACAUAUUUCUUUGCAUUGAUGCACUCAGUGGAUCUAUCCGAUGGGAAGUUAAGUUAGAAGGUCGUGUUGAGUGUUCAGCAGCAAUUACUGGUGAUUUUUCGCAGGUUGUAGUUGGAUGCUAUAGAGGAAAAAUCUAUUUUCUUGAUUUUGUAACUGGGAACAUAUCUUGGUACUUUCAAACAGAUGGAGAGGUUAAGAUGCAGCCAAUUGUUGAUAAGACAAGAAACUUGAUAUGGUGUGGUUCUCAUGAUCAGUCUCUAUAUGCAUUGGACUACAAGGAACAUUGUUUAGUUUACAAAGUUUCUUGUGGUGGGAGCAUAUUUGGUUCGCCUUAUAUUGAUGUGGUACACAACAUGAUAUAUGUUGCAUCUACAAGUGGCCGUGUGACUGGCAUAUCUUUAGCGGUAGUACCAUUCAGUGUGACAUGGCUUUUUGAGGCAGGAGUGCCAAUAUUUGGAUCUCUGUCUAUGGACUCCAAAUGCAGAAAUGUUAUUUGUUGCAUGGUGGACGGUCAUGUGCUCGCAUUGAGUCCAGAAGGAGCUGUAGUUUGGAAGGCUGUUGUUGGUGGUCCAAUUUUUGCUGGAGCUUGCAUUUCCUCUGUUCUUGCAGGCCAGAUUUUGGUUUGUUGUCGAAAUGGAAGCUUAUACUCAUUUGAUUUGGAAGGAGCUACACUCUGGGAGUACCAGAUUGGAGAUCCAAUCACAUCUUCUGCCUACGUUGAUGAGCAAACCGAGUUGAUAUCAGAAUCAUCACGGCCACACGAGAGGUUGGCUUGCAUCUGCGGCAGCUCAGGCAGUGUUCAUGUCAUCAGGAUUAGCACAGAGCCGAAACGUGGGGCGAGCACAACAGAUGAACUUCCACAAACUCCCAUGGUGGAAGAGUUUGCACGCAUUGACCUCCCAGGUGACAUAUUCUCUUCGCCUGUAAUGAUAGGAGGUCGCAUCUUCCUCGGGUGCAGAGAUGAUUAUGUUCAUUGCAUCGCAGUCGUUCCCUAACCGCAUUCGGCCAUACAUACAUACAUUGAUUAGAUCACCAAAUGCCCCCCUGUUCCUUCUGUUCCCGACAUUAUCGUCAUGGAGGAGGGUUGUUUCUCCGCUGUGGUUCACCUGCCACAAAAACAUUGUUUCUUAUUCGGGUGAUUGUCAUCAGAAGAAGGAAGAGGGAAGAUGGGAAAACUGAUGUAAACUGUGACUCAGACAAUUACCUCCUCUCCUGUCCAAGGAAUGAAGGGUUAAACUGUUGGAUUCUCCAUUUA